AAAAAACCCAAACUUUUUUUUGUUAAAGUUACAAUGUUAUUUUCUACCAACAAAUGAGAGAGCUAAUCAUCGUAACUUAUUUUACAUUGUUAUUUUAUAUACGGGAAAAAACACCGCCAAUAUACCCUCCCCUACCUAUUUUGAAGACCGUUUCCCUGUUUGUUGCCACACAUAGACCCCUCACUUCCGACAUCUCUUCUUCCAAGCGCACCAACAGGUGAUCUUCCAUGACGGAACUCUCGUCGUCUUCAUCAUCAGCUUCAGACUGCAGAAUGACAUCCAUACACACCCGAAAUGCAACAUGAUAAUUGAUUCCUUUUGAAGAAACACCAAGUAUGUUAUGCGCUUCGAAAAUCUCCAACUUCUCAAAUAAACUAACAACAUUUAGGUACUUCUCGCAAAUGGGGUUUUUCAAAAAUUCAAAAAGGUCACUCAAAGAUGGUAAUCAAACCAAAGCUUCGACGAACCAGAAGAACUCUGGUUUUGAACUGGAGAACAGCAUCUAUGCAAUUCUGACAAUUAGCAGAUGGGAGUCUCUAAAUCAGAUGAAUUAUAAACGGGUUUCCCUCAGGCCAAUUCAUGGAAACCUAGCUUUGAAAUUUCUCAAUUGGGUAAUCAAACAACCUGCUUUUCAACAACUCAAGAAUCUCACGUAUGUUUACUGUAUAACUGUUCAUAUACUAGUGAAAGCAAGAAUGUAUGCCUCUGCUAAAUCAAUUUUGACACAAUUAUCUGACAUGGGUAUCGAUUCAAACUCCAUUUUUGCUGCUUUGAUGGACACUUACCCUCUUUGCAACUCAAAUCCUGCUGUUUUCGACCUUUUGAUUCGAGUUUACUUGCAAGAAUCUUUGGUCAAGGAUGCUUUGGUAAUUUUUCAUUUGAUGGGGCUUCGGGGGUUUACCCCAUCUGUUUUUACUUGCAACAAGAUUUUAGGCUCAAUGAGGAAGGACAACGAGGCAUCUUGGUUAUUUUUCCAGGAAAUGCUUUCAAAAAACGUAUGCCCAAAUGUUGCAACUUUUAAUAUACUCUUGAAUAUUCUUUGUUUCAAUGGGAAGAUCAAGAAAGCCGAACAUCUUGUUUUGAAAAUGGAAGAGAGUGGUUAUGUUCCAAAUUUAGUUACCUACAAUACUUUGCUUAAUUGGUAUUUCAAAAAGGGAAGAUACAAGGCAGCUUUGGAUUUGAUUGAUCACAUGAGUCAUAAAGGUCUUGAAGCUGAUGUAUGCACAUAUAACAUGCUUAUAGAUAACUUAUGUCAAAACGAUAGGAGUGCAAAAGGAUAUUUAUUGUUAAAAAAGAUGAGAAAAAAGAUGGUUUCCCCAAAUGAAGUCACUUAUAAUACUCUCAUAAAGGGGUUUAUCAAAGAAUCAAAAACCAAAGUUGCAGUUCAUGUUUUCAAUGAGAUGAUGAGCUUUAAGGUUUCUCCAAAUGUUAUAACUUAUAAUACUUUAAUUGAUGGGUAUUGCAAGGAGGGUAGUUUCAAAGAAGCUAUAGAAUGUAUAUACAAAAUGGAAGCAAAGGGAUUAAAGCCUAAUGAAGUUAGUUAUGGUGUUGUUUUGGAUGGAUACUGCAAACUUGGAGAUUUAGAUUCCGCUCAUAGUCUUAUAGAAUCCAUGAAAGUCAAUGAAAUUCUUGUUGACAAUGUUUCAUAUACAAUGUUAAUCGACGGGUUUAGCAGAAGUAAGAUGCUUAAACAAGGUGUGGAAGUUCUUGAUGAAUUGAUCCAAAAUGGUGUUGAUCUUGAUGUUGUUACAUAUUCAACACUCAUAAAUGGAUAUUGUAGAGAGGGGAAGUUCAAAAAUGGAAAAGAGAUCAUGUGUAAAAUGUAUAAAUCCGGUGUGACACCAAACAAAGUGAUGUAUUCAACAUUGGUUUAUAAUUUUUGCAUCCAUGGAAAAGUAAAUGAAGCAAUGCGAAUUUAUGCUAUAAUGAAUCGAAGUGGACAUGAUCCGGAUCUUUUCAUGUGUAACAAGUUAAUUGCUUCAUUUUGUAAAAGUAAAAGAAUGGAAGAGGGAGUGGAGUUUAUGAAGCACAUGGGUAGAAUCGGUAUUUCCCCAAACACCUCAACUUAUAACUUCAUCAUAAACGGCUAUGUAAGCAUAGGAAAUGGAUCAAAAGCAUUGACCUUUUAUGAAGAAAUGGUCAAUAUCGGUCAACGCCCAAGUUCUUAUACAUACGGAAGCCUACUAAGAGCACUUUGUUGUGGUGAAAAUCUUGAAGAGGCAUGGGAAUUCUUGAACAAAAUCCGGAACAUUCCGGAUGCUUUAGAUGUUGUUUCUUACAAUAUGUUAUUGGGGGAGAUUUGUAGAUCUGGAAAUUUACAAGCUGCUGUCUUUUUGUUGAAAGAAAUGGUUCGUAACAAUGUUAUUCCCGAUAGUCAUUCGUAUACAUGUCUACUUGCUAGUUUGUGUAAGAAGGGUAAAAUGGUCAUUUCCAUUCUUCUUUCAGAAAAAUGGAUGCAAAAAGGAGCUCUUUUACCAAACAAGGUAACUUACACAUGCUUAAUUGAUGGUCUUUUUAAAGCGGGCCAUCCAAAAACCGCAUCUUUUUACCAUAAAAAGAUGGUGGCAGAUGGUUUUUUUGCUGACACGAUUUUACUCAAUGUACUUAUGGAUGGUUAUUCAAGAAUGGGAAACAUGUCUAUGGUUUAUCGUUUAUUUUCCACAAUGAGAAAUGAAAAUUUGUCGCCUAAUUUGGCUACUUAUAACAUUCUCUUACAUGGGUAUGCAAAACAAGAAGAUAUAUCAAGGUGCUUUGAAGUAUACACUACCCUUUUGAGAAAAGGUUUUUUUCCCGAUAAAAGAACAUGUCAUGCCCUAAUUUAUGGCAUUUGUAACGUGGGUAUGCUUGAUCUUGCUUCCAAAGUGUUGAAAAAUAUGAUCUUGAAAGGUUUGAUUGUCGAUAAGGUCACAUUUGAUAUGUUGAUCUCUAAAUGUAGUGAGAAGAAGAAGAUGGUGAAAGCUUUCGAGUUUUUGGAUAUAAUGUAUUUUUUGAAAGUUAUCCCGGAUCAAGAAACCUUUGAUAUUAUUCUUAAAGGAAUCAAAGAAACAUAUGGAUGUCACCCCACUCAUGUUUUUAUCAAAGAGAUGUUGGAGAAAGGUUUUGUUCCUAGUGAAAAACAAGUUGUUCGGUUGAUUACGGAUAUGUGUCGUGUGGGAGAUGUGAAAGGGGCAUUUUUGGUAAAAAAUGAAAUGCAAAAAAGUGUUGUAUCACGGAGUGUGGUUGAGAGUGCUAUGGUUCGUGGGCUUGUGAAAAAAGGAAGAGUUGAAGAAGCCCUUUUGAUGUUUGAUUGUAUGCUUAAAUCAAAACUUGUUCCAACAACCGCUACUUUUACUACUUUGAUGCAUUCUUUGUGCAAGAAACAAGAGUUUAAAGAGGCGUUGAAGUUGAAAAACAUCAUGGAAUUUAAUCGUGUAAGAUUUGAUGCGGUUACUUAUAAUGUUUUAAUAACGGGAUUUUGUAAUUGUGGUGAUUUGGUUGAAGGGUUGAAGUUAUAUAAGGAGAUGAAGAAAAAAGGUAUUUGUCCAAUGGUGAAUACGUUUUGUGUAAUUGUCGAGUCUUUUUGCAAUAAAGAUGAUUUCACGGAUGGUGAAAUGAUUUUGAUGGAUUUAUGUGAAAGGGGUUUGUUAUGUGAAGAUGAAAUCACUCAAGAUAUGGUUAAAAGUUUUAAUGUUGCUUUGAUAAAGUUGAAGAUGUUGAAGCACAAAAAGUACAAAACCAGUUGAAGAUGAUGUUGUAUUAUAUAUGGCUUAGAAUUCUGAUGCUUUGGGUUAGCAAUUUACAUCUACUCGUAGAAUAGCAAUCUGCUUUUAGUUUUGCAUGUUAAAUAUAAUUUCUGUUUUCUUUUAAGACUUUGUAUAUACUAAAUUUGUGUUUUCAUAGAG